UUAUUACUAUUUUAUUUCCCAUUUCCAAUUAUUUUAUUAUUUUUUUCUUUUUAACAUUUGACACCAAAAAACAAUACCCACUCUUAUUUCCCAUUUUGCCCUCACGCUUCCUCCCAAUUUCCCACCUUAUAACCCAGGAAAUUGAGAAAUACAAAACCUCCUCUCAUUUCUCCUCUCCAGCGUCUCUUUUUGCGGCGAUGAACAAAGCUGAGACCUCAUCAAUGGCAGAGGCGGAGUCCGAAGAUUCAGAAACAACAACACCCACGACCCACCACCUCACCAUCCCACCAGGCCUGACUCAGCCGGAGUUCCAAGAGUUGGCCCACUCCAUCAGCGAGUUCCACACCUACCAAGUCGGCCCAGGCCAAUGCUCCUCCCUACUCGCUCAACGUGUUCACGCGCCCCUCCCUACUGUCUGGUCCGUCGUCCGUCGCUUCGACAAGCCGCAGACCUACAAGCAUUUCAUCAAGAGCUGCCAUGUGGAAGACGGUUUCGAAAUGAGAGUGGGAUGCCUCAGAGACGUCAACGUCAUCUCUGGUCUGCCGGCGGAGACCAGCACGGAGAGAUUGGAUAUACUGGACGACGAGAGGCACGUGACCGGGUUCAGUAUCAUCGGAGGGGAGCAUCGGCUGCGGAACUACCGGUCGGUGACUACGGUGCAUGAAUAUCAGAAUCAUGGGGGAGAGAUCUGGACCGUUGUUUUGGAAUCGUACGUGGUGGAUAUGCCAGAAGGGAACACAGAGGAGGACACGCGUUUGUUCGCCGAUACCGUGGUGAAGUUGAAUCUGCAGAAGCUGGCGUCGGUGACCGAAGGUAUGGCACGGGACCAGGGUUGCUUUUAGUACAGCUGAGAUAGGUAUUUUUUUACAACAUAAAAGAAGCAGAUAAUGGCAGCAGCAUCUUGUACCCUUUUUCAAGGUUAAGAAAUCCCUAGGUUGUGGCCACUGUCCUUGGCCUCUGUGAGGAGGGGUUUUGGUUCAUUGGGAAGAGAAAGUACAGAUGAGUCCAGGGUGGGAGUGGAAUUUCUGGGGAAGCUGAAGAAAUGGAGAGGCCAUUUCUGGCAAGUCAUGGAAGAAGCCCACAUUCCAUUUUCAGUAACAGGAUAAAAAGUGUGGUCUGAUUUGCCUAAGGCUGGCUCUCCACUCAUAAAACUUGCUCCCAAUGCUUUUAAGUUUUAAGGCCAUGGGGGGGCCUAUUCGCCUCGAUCAGACUCAUCAUGGCCGUCCAAUCACAAUCAUAAGCUUUCAUUUGCAACCGUCGGCAUUGUUUGUGGUGGAGGUGUCAGGUGGCAUCAUGCUUGAUGGGGCUCCUCCUCAGUCCUCUCCGUUGUAUGAUUAGUAGGGUUUGUUCGAUGUCAUUAAUAAAAAUGAUCACACUAGAUGGAAUCUUAUCAUCUUAUUUUAAAUUGUCUGAACGUGAGGCUGAUUUCCAUGUUGGAUGCCCCACCUCCUGCUUCAUCUAUGCUUAAUGGAAAUUUUCAUUCACAAUAACUUCAAUAUAUUUUGCAAAUUUGGCUCUA